GUCUUGCCCCCAAUUGCAUUGCACCUGACCUGACCCGCCCCGCCCCGCCGCGAACAGAUCCUGGGAUCUCUCCAGGUCCCUCAAUCUCUUGCUAAUUGCUACCCCGACGCCCUCCACCCCGGUCGAAGUCCGGCAGCCAAGGCGACAGCGGCGGCAAGGCCAUUUUGAACAGUGCCGCAGCAGCUUGGGCAAAUCAUCAAAGGCGCACCAUCUUCGGGCCAAAUGAUAAAGAAUCCUGCUUCACUGUCUCAAUCUCGCAUGGCGGUGGCGUCUACGCAGCUCCACGGAACGGCUGCGGUUGCGCGGCGAUAUGGAGCCUUCAGAGUUCCGACCUCAUGCCGGUUACCGCAUCACUCUCUCGCUAGUUCAACUAAGCUUUCAAUAUCUGCCAGUGGAGUGGGUGGGAAGCCAUUUGGUUUUGGUGCCAAAAUUGCAACAAAAUGUGCAAAUGAGAACACUCAGGCUCAAGAGUUGAACUUGAGAUCAAAUCAAGCAGGUGAACUUGUAGCAGCAGUUGAAGAUGUUACUCCGCAAAAGAGGAGUGCUAAGAUCCAUGAUUUUUGCUUUGGAAUUCCUUUUGGUGGUCUUCUGUUCUCUAUGGGGCUUCUAGGAUACUUUUUCUCUAGGAGCACCGUAAGUCUUGUCCUGGGUGUUGCACCUGGGCUUGCUACACUAUUUCUUGGUAUUCUUAGUUUAAAGUUUUGGAGGAGUGGAAGAUCAAGCUUCCUAUUUAUAUUGGGCCAAGCAGCAAUUUCUGGUGUCCUUGCAUGGAAGUAUUCUCAUGCGUACUUACUGACAAAUAGAAUCCUUCCUUGGGGCUUCUACGCUUCUCUAAGCACUGCAAUGGCGUGCUUCUAUGCCUAUGUGCUGCUCGCUGGAGGAAAUCCACCACCCAAGAAGCUGGCGCCGGCGUCGUAGACCAGGGAACAGGCAUACCUUAAUGUGUAGCCCACUGGCUUAGUUUGGCAUUUGUGCUCCAUAAAAUGCUGCGACUGCAAGCAGAGCAGAGAAGAGUUUAUUUCUAUAUUUGUAUAUAUUCCCUAAUCUUUGCUUCGCUUCUGGCGAGGCUCUUGGAUUUUCUUGAUGCAACUUCGAGCAAAUAACUUGGCACAAUGGUUGUAGUAUAA